AUGACCAUGCACGGAAUUUUACCAGCAGAUGAUAUUGAUUAUAUCAAUGAUACACCAACAAUUCAAGAAUAUAAAAAAUUAAAGAGAGUAAUGAAAAUUAUGACCAACUUUUAUGUUGGUGGUAGUGCAACCAAAUUACAACAAGCAGAAUACUUUGAAGAUGAAUUAAAAAAGGUUACAACAGAUCAAAAUAUGAUUGAAGCACAAUUGAAUGUAAUGAAGAAAUUCCCAAUUCAUCCAAAACGUCGUGAAUAUGAAGAGGAGUUACAAGAGGAGAAUGAUAAAUUAGUAUCAAUGAAAAAGAAAUUCUCAACCAAAGCCGAGGAAUAUAGAAAACUUUACGUUUGGUCAAAUGGUAUCGUUCAGGUUACUAAAUGGUUAGAGGAUGGUUUGGACGAUUAUUGUGUAAAUCAUUUAAAGAUGGAUUUGGGUUUUGAAGUGAUCCCAAACGAACCAUUAUCCAAAGAAAAGUACAGCGCAUACAAAGAGGGUCUCGACGAGAUCACCUACAAUCUCCAAGAGAGCCAAGAUUUCUUCUCUGCUUCAUUGGAUGGUCGUCUUCGUCAAUAUCAUAGAAUGGAAAAGGAGAUUAUUGAAGCUCAAAUCGAAGCUGUCAAAAGUUUCCCAGAAGAUAACCCACGUCGUUCUCAUAUCAUUGCUGAAUUGGAACAAGAUCUUGAAUAUGUCUCUAAAAAUAUGGUUGAAGAUCCUUCUGCAAUGGCUAAACGUGUACGUAUGCUUGAAAUGCAUUCAGAUUUCUUUAAGGUACUUCGUUGGUAUCGUGAAAAAAUGAAGGCUCUUGGUGAUGAAUAUGGUAUCGUCGAUACUGAUAAACGUACUGAAGAAGAGAAAAUUAAAUCUGCCAUGUCAACUCAAGUCGAAUUCAUGACUAAUUUCACCCCUGAAAAUACUCCAGAAUUAGAAGAAUUAAAAAAAUUAAAUUUACUUCAUUAA